UAAAAAUAAAAAUAAAAAAACGGCAGUCCCUCUCGAUUUGGUUUAGCUUCCAACACAAGCUGCACACUUUAGUCAGAGGCCGUUUAAAACCACUCCAAAACAAACCGCUACUAUCGUCUUCAUUUCCACACUAGUCUCUAUUUUCUAUCUCUUUUUCAUUCGCUGAUUAUCAAAAAAGAAGAAUCAUGUUCGAAGUCAAAAAUAAGCUCAAUGAUAUUGAAUUUGAUUCACCUCAUCGAGAUUUGCUUCAUCUAUGUCUUUCUUCGCCUAAUUGCAAUAGCAACACUUGUCUUCUCGAAGCAACCUCUGUUACAGGGAGAAUAAAAGCUCAAGUUAGUUCGACUAAGGGAUGUUGGACAGAGGAAGAGGAUAACCUUUUGAUUGAGACGGUCAAGAAGCACGGUGGAAGCAACCGGAAAAAUAUAGGUGGAUAUGCUGAAUACCUCCAUGGGCAAACCGACAACCAAUGCUUGCAUCGCUGGCAAAAGGUUUCCAAUCCAGAUCUAGUAAAGAGAUCAUGGACAAAGGAGGAGGAUGAGUCCCUAAUUGAACUAGUAAGAAAGUAUGGUUUCAAGAGAUGGUCUUUUAUUGCAAAGUUCAUGCCCGAUCGUGUUGGAAAGCAAUGUCGAGAGAGGUGGCAUAAUCAUCUUGAUCCAGCUAUAAAAAAGGAUGCAUGGACAGAGGAGGAAGAAUCAAAACUUGCUCUCUUUCACCAAAUAUAUGGAAGUAGAUGGUCAGAAAUUGCAAGGUUUCUUCCUGGAAGGAGUGACAAUGCUAUAAAAAAUCAUUGGAACUGCUCAAUGAAGAAGAAGUCAUCUACAUCACCUAUUAGGUGUGAUGAUAAUGUUUCCACUACCAGUUAUUGCUCUUCUGUAAUAAAGCCAGCGCAUGAUUUGUUCAAAGCUGUGGAUCAGAGUUCUCCCAAGCAAAGUCACUGGUUGAAGCACAAUGCUGAUAACUUUCCAACAAAAAUGAUUAUUCAAAGUUCUUCCGUAGAGGAACUAUGCUCUGAAAAAAACAGUUUUGGUUUGGCAACUCCUACUAGGGCCUCAGGACAAGGUGAAAGAAGAUUGGUUAAUUUACCAAAUGAGACGGAAACAGUUAAACAUAUGAACUCUUUGGAUAAUUCGUUGGAUAUGCCCGCUACAAAUAUGGACUGUUUCUCUCUUGCCACUCAAGUUAAAUCUCCCAAACGGCAAAAGGUUUCUUUUUCAGAUUCAAAGUUUAUUGCUAGUAAUGAAUCUGACAGUUUCCAUUUGAGCUACUCAAAAUUGGCUAGUCAUGAAAAGAAAGGUCAAGUAGGAAGGGAAAACAGUAACAAAAUCAUCAGUGGGCCAGAUAGAGCAGAUGUCACAAGCAGUGAAUAUGAUGACUACUUUGGUGUUCCCCCUUCAUCUGUACCCAAGGUGAGCCCGGAAUAUGUACUAAGAAGCUUAGCAAUGACCUAUAAGAACAUUCCUUCUAUAAUUAGGAAAAGAACUUCCAAGAAGGCAUUUAGUGCUGCUAAUUGUGGCAAGUCCCUAACACCUUCGAGAAUUGUCGACUCAACUCAUGAAGUAGGAUGUGUAAUUGGCUUAGAUAAUUUAAAACUCAACCAAUGAUUUGUUCCAUUCCUUCCUAGACAUGGCAUGGCGGGACUAUGCUUGUAAAUAUUGGGCAAAAUUAAAGGAUAUGGAUAUCCUUUAACUUAAUUUAAAGGUGUUUAGUUGUUCUUUUAUAUAUGUUUUUCUUUUUGAAUUA